AUGGCAAACGACAGUGGACAGUCGGAGAAGUCUUCAUCUGAAUUAUCAGAUAGUGAUGGAGAAAAGGACAAGCGUAGAGAUGGCUCUGGGUCUCCUGCACGGAGAAAACACAAAAAAUCAAAGCAUUCCAAGAAAAAAUCUAAGAAAAAGUCAAGUAAAAGAAAAAGACACAGAGAUAGGUCAAGGAGCAGAUCGAAGGAGAGACACUCUGAGAAGACCAAGAAGAUACGAGAUGGCUCAUCUAUUGAAAAUGACCAUGUAAAAUCAGGUGCCAAGCAGCAGACUGAUGAACUGACCAAUCGGGAAGUACCAAGGGUUGCGUCAGCCAAUCAGGAUGUAGCUUAUGUUGCAUCAACCAACCAGAAUGGGGUUCAGGGUGAUGAACUGACCAAUCAGGAAGUAGCUAGUUAUGCAUCAACCAAUCAGGUUGGGGUUCUCGGAACAUUCACCAUCAAGGUUGAACCUAGGUCACCUGAUGCUAGAAGAGAAUGUGAAGCAUCUAUAGGUGAAAAUUAUCCAAACAAGGUUGCGUCAUCCUUUCUUGUUAAGUCUGAAAUAGUUGAAGAUAACUUGAGCUUAAAUAAGAACUCUCAAGAAAUGGAAAAUAGUAGUUUAGAAAUCUAUGAUCCUGGUUUAUACAUUGCUAAUAUAAAAGAAGAAUAUGAUUCAGAACAAACUGCAAAAGAAAAUGAAAAUACAAAAGAUAAAAGAUCAAAAUCAAGGUCUAUCUCUAGAGAGGCAUCUGGAGCAAUAAAGAUAUCCAAAUCUAGAGAAAAAUCAGGAUCUCUGGAAAGGAGGUCCAGUUCGAAAAGGUCAAGAUCAAAAGGGAGAAGGUCAAGAUCAAAAGGGAGAAGGUCAAAUAGGAAAAGGUCAAGGUCAGAAGGGAGAAGGUCAAGGUCAAAUAGGAGAAGGUCAAGGUCAGAAAGGAGAAGGUCAAGGUCGAAAGAUAAAAGAUCCAGAUCAAACGAUAAGAGGACAAAAGAAAGAUCAAGGUCAAAAGAAAGAAGGUCUAGGUCAAAGGAAAGAAAGUCAAAGGGGAAAAGGUCAAGAUCAAAAGAGAAGAGAUCAAAGUCAAAGGAAAAGUCAGGUUCAAGGUCAAGAAAAAGAUCAAGAGACAAGUCAGCUGAAAAAUCAAAGCGAAGAUCAAAAGACAGAUCUAGGGAAAAGUCAACUGAACAGUUGAGAAAAAGAUCAAGAUCAACAGAGAAAUCAAGGAAAGCAUCUAAGGAAAAAUCAAAAGAAAAGUCGAAGGAAAGAUCAAAGGAAAGAACAGAAUCUAGAAAAAGAUCGGAGGAUAGAUCUGAAAAAAAAUCAAGAGAAAGGUCAAAAGAGAAGUCAAGACAACAGGACGAUAAAAGGUUACAGUCAAAAGAGAGAUCUAAAAGGUCCAAAUCUCGAGAUAGAUCUAAAGAGAAACAGAGUCAAGACAGAAAAUACAGGAGAUCAAGGGAACAUUCUCAUUCAAGGCAAAAAUCAAGUAGAAGAUCAACAUCCAGGGAACGUCAACGGUCAAAAUCUAGGGAACGUCGAAGGUCAAAAUCCAGGGAACGUCGAAGGUCAAGAUCAUUGGAAAGACGUAGAUUUGUCCCACGGUACCAAAACACUUCAAGGUUCAGACAAUCAACUGAGAGACAGAGAAGAUCGAGGUCAAAGUCAGUUGGUAGACGGAGGCAUUCAAGGUCUCCUGAAAGAUGCAGGCGUUCACGGUCCAGAUCCAUGAACAGAGGCUAUCGGUCCAGGUCGCCUCGAAAGUAUGAUCGCUCUAGUGAUAGAAAGAGAAGAUCAAAAUCUGAGGAUGCUGCUGCUUCUGUUCCUGUGAACUUGACAAUUGCAUUGGGUGUACCAACUACUUCAGUUACGACCACAACAGCCAAUCCAAAACCAAGCAAGAGUAUAGCUGACUUUACAGCACUGUGUAAGAAAUUGACACAAUCCAAAGAAGAUGUUAAGUAUGAUGUGGGUGAGAAUGAAGUUGAAGACGAGAAGGUCUAUCAUCCAUUUAGUGUGAAACCAGCAAAAGAAAUUGUGAUACCUCCAGUCAUAUUGCCGGUAAGAUGUCAAAUAAUUCAUAGAGCAUUUAUAGAACUAAUCAUCAGCUAAAAUUGUUUUGGUAGGAACCGCUUGUAAAUCACAGUAACCUAUUUCAGAAUAUGUGCUACAGAAUUAUAUAUUUAUGAAUUAUGAUCGAACUAUGUAUAUAAUUUUACUUUGCCUGAUCAGUGUGCUUCAACGUAUCCUAUUUUAUUAUGUUACUCUGUCUAAUACCAACAGUUUUACUCGUCAAGUGAGGAGUGCUGCCACUCAAUGUAUGAUAUACAUUAUGUAGAUGCCAAAGCCAGUGGAACCAACUCGGCCAUUAGAACAAGCAUUUCCAGUGUCCAGGGGCAAUCAACAUAAAACAAAAGAAAAUACAAACGAAUCUGUAAUUGAAGGUGUUGAUGGAAGUGUUGCUGCUGCUGAGGAAGUCUUUCAAAGUGCUGUACAACAAGAGGUAUCUUAUGGCCCAUCUUACAUGCAUUUUAAAACAAAACACCAAAACUAAUUGAAAAUUAUAAUUUAAUUUAUUACUAUCUGCAAAUGGUUUUUAGUGGAAAAGAAGGAAUACAUUAGUAUUUUUUGUUUUAAUCGACCAAAUGUGUACCAUAUGCUACUAAUAUGCAUUUCAAGUCAUGCAUUUCUUGUUUGUUUCAAGUAUAAAUGCCAUAUAAUAAACUUUUUAUUAUAUUUACGUCCUACAGGCUCGGUCUGUACAAAAAAGACCUUGGUCCGAUAUUUUUCUGCACAGACCUUGUGCUCGGUUAAUAAGAAAUUAGUAAUGAUUGUAUUUAAUUUUUUUAAUAUGAAAAUUAACCUGGGAUGUUAAUUUCUAGAAACUAGAUGUGAGUGGUCUUAUUGUGAAGCGGAUGGAAGCCCAAAAUCGUCUUCAAUCCAAUCCACAUGAUUAUGAAGCAAGACUGGUGUUGGAAGAAGUUCAAAUGAAAAUACAGAACUGGGCAUCAGUGAACCUCAAGCCAGGUCAAUAUACUGGAGAAAGUUUAGUUAGCUCUUUGACACCCAAGGAAAACAUUAACAGUGGAUAUCAAGCUUGGGCUAGGAAAGUAAGUAUUGUGCUAGGGCUACUUAUUUGUCUUUCUCGCAAAUGCCACACAAUUCUUGGGAAAAGUGUUUUAAGACACUGCAUGCUGGAUACUUACAAUAACUGGAAAAUGAAAUUUAUUUCGUUUCACCAGGAUAUGUUCCUCAAUUUGGCACCCAUCAGGGGAGGUGUUGGUAUGAGAUUGCUGCAGAAAAUGGGCUGGAGACCUGGUCAAGUCAUUGGCAAGAGAGGGGAGGGUAGUUAUGAACCAAUUGCUCUGAAUGUGAAAACAGACAGGAAAGGUUUGGUGUCAUUUGCCGAGGCUGGUGCCAAGGGUAAAGGUGGAAGUAAAGGAGGUGGUAGGAACAUCAUGGCCGCACAAGCUGUGCAAGGUGAGAUUUGAUGUCUUUUAUUUUUAUCAGAUAUCAAGUGGUUUAACGUGUUAGAGAUCAAGCAGUUCAACUUCAUGUUUUUGUCAAUACAGACAUCAUAUGUUCAUAAUUCAGCUGUUAUCUAUGGUGUCAGCUGUUCUUGUUUUUAAUCAAGAACAGGGGCUGGUUGUUCAAAGGUGGAUUAGCGCUAACCUUCGGGUUAAGCUAACCCAGCUUUCAAAUUAACCAGCCUCUUCUAUGCAGUCUUGUAUUCUUCAUUCAAACAAGAAUAGCUGUUGCCAUAUUUAACAGCUAUGGGUACAACUAUGUAUGUGUGAUGUCAGUAUUGACAAUUUUCCAUAAUAAAAUGACUUUAUUGGUUUCAGGUAUCUCUGCAAUGCAUAGCUAUUUCCAUUGGUUUUCCAGUAUCUGCUCUUUGGCAGCAGCAUUCAACAUGUUUUACAUUGAGCAUACAAUGCCAUGAUGAGAGGUUAAGUAGCCCAUUUUUAUCAAAGAUGAUUGAUUGUAGCAGAAUUUUUUUGAAAUUUGACAGAUUGACUGAUGCGAUAUAUCAAUAUUUUCGAUAAAUAUUAAUAUUUCAAAAAUAUCGAUAUUCGAUUUUUUGCAUAUCAAAGUUUUAACUAGACACCAUCUCAUAAUCCAAUAUAUAGUCAAUAUUAUCAAUAUUUUUUCAAUAUCAAUAUUUUUGAAUAUUGCAUCAGCCUAGUGACUAGAAUAUAAGGUAAAAUUCUGGCUCAAUCAUUGUUAUUUGAUGGAAAGGUUGAACAAGAACAUCUACACGUUUUAUAGUCUGUAUGAGCACUGUGAUGAAGAAUAUUAUUCCUGUGCUCCUACAGACUAUGAUAUAGUGCAGGUUUUUGUCGAUUUUUGAUAGGAAUGGGCUGUUUCACCGUUUGAAUUUUCACCUAUAGAGAAAGUAGCACAGCUUAUAAGCUGAUCAAUUGGAGCAAUACUCGAUCAUUGCAUCUGACUGCAAAUUCCAGAGACGGAACUCUUGGGAUGUGUUACCCAAGGUCCAAGGAUUGGUGAGUACAAAACACUGACCUAUAAAUCUGGACUGCAUUUGUCAUUACAGUGGUCAGGGGUAAAGCCAGUAGCCGUCAACAGUUGUGACUGUCUUCCUGUCAGUAGAAUAUUGUACCAUUUGUUCAGAUAUUUUUUUAUAACAACCAUGAUAGCUGCUGACUUUAUUUCUUUCACUGGAAUAUGCAGUCUGUAUUUAUAGGUCAGUGUUUUCAGGAAUCAAUUCACUCAUUCACACACAUUGAAACUACACAUGAUGAAUCUAAUGUUUGUUACUCUCUCCUCAACCUCAUACCCAACCUAUUUUCUCUCACUCUGGUGCCACGGUCACAUGCGGAGGGUCGUAGUUAAACACACUGACAAAAAAAUAGUUAUUUUAUUUAGAUUAUUAUUAGAAUUCUAGGAUUAUGCAAGGUAUAAACUUCUUCAUAUAUACAUUUUGGUUUUUAGUAUCUGCAUGGUAAAAGCCUGAAGACAGGCAGUCCGAAAUGUUGCAAAUAUGAAGAAUUUUAUACCUUUGUAUAACCCUGGAAUUUUAAUAAUCUAAAUCAAAUAUUAUAGAAAAAGGUGAAAGAAUCUUGAAAAUUAAAGAAUGUAUGUAGUAUUUGUUUUGGUUUGUGCAAAACACCAUCUCUAUUUAUUAUUACAAAGCUUUAGAUCUGUAUUGAUCAGAUCUCCUCGAGUGCUAAGUUGGAUGAUUGAAGAACUGGACUUAUGGUGUGGUGUUGUCUACAAACCAAAACAAAUAUUUUGAUGAAUUUGUGAAUUGAUUCCUAUUUAUCAAUCUUGUAGCCAGAGUAUGUUGUUUGUAGGAUAAGUGGUGGGCAUACUCUGAUUACGAGAUUGUCCCAUUAUACUGUACAUUAUAUUGCAAUUCUAUAAAGCUUUGUCUUGUGAUGAAGGCUUAGGAUUCCUAAUACCUGGUAUACAUUAGGCUGUAGUUAAUCUGCAUCCUUUAUGAACCUUGCUCUCUUAUUCCAUAAAACUAUUUGUAUAAAUUUAUAUGACCAUGAUAAUACAGUAUAGCUUGUAAUAAUAGACUUUCAUUUUGUUUGUGGUAACUUGCAAAUGUCAAUGUACUAAUUCAAUUCCAAUAAUUUUAGGCAAGCAUCCGGUAUCAGCAUUGGCUGAGAUAUGCACUAAGAGACGAUGGAAGACCCCAGAGUACAUUGUUGCUCAUGAAAGUGGUCCUUCUCACAAGAAAGAUUUCCUUUAUCAGGUGAUUGUAAAUGGAAACAGCUACCAACAUAAUAUUGCAAGCAAUAAUAAGAAAUUGGCAAAAGCUGAAGCUGCAUUUGCUGCACUCAAAGCACUUGGGGUAGUUCCAGCAGAUGCUGCUAUUUCAUUGUAA